UGUCCGUGACGUAAUACAGCGAGUGUUUACGGGUUAUGGUGGAUCUUGACCUAACUUUUUGUGCAUUACACAAUGGCAGAAGAUGCAUUCUGUGAUUUUCCACCUGAUCUGGAUCCCUCCCUGUUAAGUCAGAUGUCCAAUUACGCCAUUCGCCAUAACGAAGAAAAUGAAAACUUCGAAGGCUCCGCAGGACGGAAGCACAAUGGUGGGCCUGGGUUUUACAUGGAUCAAUAUGCAGCAAACAUGGAGGGUGUUGCCGUGCCGAUGAUGAAUAUGUCCACAACUCACAGCGGUCCAGGAAUGCCAACCUCCUCGCAAAUGUCGUCAACGGCAUCGACUGCCGCAGCAGGUCUCUAUGAACCACACAACAGUAAUUACGCAAUGAAACCUGAAAAGGGGUUACCCCCAACCCCACCAGGAAGUCCACAAAACAAUAAGAACAUGUUGGCUGCCCACAUGCAGCAGGGCGCUAUGACAAUGUCUGUAGCCGCCAUGGUGGCUGCGUCACAACAACACAUGCUCGCCAAACCUGUACCGAUGAGGCGACUGUCAGAUAAAAACAUCAGCCCGGCUCGGGCAAACUUUAACUACGCAAAUCCAGUGGACACAUUCCUCACAGAAUCAAUGUUAGGACAGGCGGCUGUAGCAGCAGCAGGCAGCUCCCCGACACUGGCCAGGGCUUUGGCCGCAGUGCAGCAAACGCAGAAACGACCCAGAAGUGAAAAGAAGGCGUUCCCCUUGGAACAGAAAGACGGAAAAUAUUUCGAAAGACGAAAACGAAACAACCUUGCAGCUAAAAAAUCAAGAGACGCUAGAAAAUCUCGUGAGGAUGACAUAUCCAUUCGUGCUAGUUUCUUGGAAAAAGAAAAUGCUAUUCUUCGGGCUCAAGUGGCAACAUUACGAGAGGAAGCUAAUUCGCUCAAACAGCUUCUUCUCCAGAAACGUUCAAAACAUUGAUGUGAUUGUACAAGAAGUUCCCAGAUUUUAUAUGAAGGUUGUGUUGCAAUCUUCAUGUUGUUAAGAAAACCGGUGUUUUUGUUAAAAUUUGCAUUUUGUAACAUACCUUACUAUUUUUACAUAGAUGAUUUCAUCAAAGUUUGUUUUUUAUUGUUGCCUAGAAAUUAUAAACUAAUCUUUUUAAAAAUUAGAAUUUUACCAUUGUCAUUAAAUUCAAUUCUGGUAUCAUGAGCAAUUUAGCAAUUAAUGUAUGCAUCAUAUUUUAAAAUAAUGUGAAAGAAAUUUUGGCAGGUGUUUCGAAAAAAAAUUGCACUAUGUUUUUGUCACACAGUAAACUUAGCACACUUAGACCAAGAGUAUAACAUACAGUAUCAUGUCCCUAAAAUCACUUCAUUACCAGCACUGCCUGUAAAAAUGAAGCUUCACUUAGAAAAUUACAUUCAGACAGAUCACUGAGUUAUAUUCCACAUGAAACCAAUACAGGAAUUGGCAGGGUAAUACAAGGUUUGGUUGAAAGUUGACCUUUCUGACCAUUGUAUGACUAUAGAGGGGACACAACAUUAUUCUCUGGCAAUAUUUAUAAAUGUUCAGGGGAAUCGUGUCACUCAGAUUGUGUUGAAUUGCAGAUUUUAUUCUGACAACUGAAUACCAGAUAUUUCAUGUGAAGUAUUUCAAUGCAUGACAAACAUGUAGAAAUGUUUCAUUAAACUUGACAGAACCCUUGCCUAAUAUACAUGUGUGUCUUGGGUAUUUCAAUGCAUGACAAACAUGUAGAAAUGUUUCAUUAAACUUGACAGAACCCUUGCCUAAUAUACAUGUGUGUCUUGGGUAUUUCAAUGCAUGACAAACAUGUAGAAAUGUUUCAUUAAACUUGACAGAACCCUUGCCUAAUAUACAUGUGUGUCUUGGGUAUUUCAAUGCAUGACAAACAUGUAGAAAUGUUUCAUUAAACUUGACAGAACCCUUGCCUAAUAUACAUGUGUGUCUUGGGUAUUUCAAUGCAUGACAAACAUGUAGAAAUGUUUCAUUAAACUUGACAGAACCCUUGCCUAAUAUACAUGUGUGUCUUGGGUAUUUCAAUGCAUGACAAACAUGUAGAAAUGUUUCAUUAAACUUGACAGAACCCUUGCCUAAUAUACAUGUGUGUCUUGGGUAUUUCAAUGCAUGACAAACAUGUAGAAAUGUUUCAUUAAACUUGACAGAACCCUUGCCUAAUAUACAUGUGUGUCUUGGGUAUUUCAAUGCAUGACAAACAUGUAGAAAUGUUUCAUUAAACUUGACAGAACCCUUGCCUAAUAUACAUGUGUGUCUUGGGUAUUUCAAUGCAUGACAAACAUGUAGAAAUGUUUCAUUAAACUUGACAGAACCCUUGCCUAAUAUACAUGUGUGUCUUGGGUAUUUCAAUGCAUGACAAACAUGUAGAAAUGUUUCAUUAAACUUGACAGAACCCUUGCCUAAUAUACAUGUGUGUCUUGGGGUAUUUUCACGACCAAACGUAAAAAAAAUCGGGGCACAGGUCAUGUCAAAGUUUGUUUAGGUGUCUUCACUUCAAGGUCAAGGCUACAAACUGAGGUCAGAGGUAUCAUCCAAGUUUUCUUUUCGCAUAACUCAAUAAUAAUCAGCUUAUAAGUUUCAUAAAACAUUCUUUAAAGUUGACAUUAAAAAAAAACACUUCUUUGAGAAAAUUCACCCAAACCUAACUCCCAUUCAACUGUUAUCAGAUACAGAGGUUUGUGCAAUGCCCUAAGCAGACCUUACAUCACCUCAUAUCUAUAGAAUCAUAUACAGGAGUUUUCAUUUCAUAUGAAAUAUCUGAAAUCAGAAUUUUCCAUUUGAGUUCAAAUCAAAACUUGAAAAUUAUGUAUCAUUAAAAUGAUGUAAAAGGAAAACGAAAGAUUCUUUUUAUCAGUUUGUCAAGUUUUUUUGGGGGAAUUAUACAAACAAGCCUGUCUUAAUGAUUCUAUAUCUUUCUCCAUCGUGACUUCAUGAUGUAACUUGGAAAUCUGUGACGUCAUUUGAUUUCAUUUAUGACAUCACAAAACUUCAUUAUACACGAGUCAUAUGUAGUGACACAAGUGUUAUCACUUAUGGACUAUAUGAUGAAAAAUUUGUACUUGUAGCUUAUUUGAUCAACACAAAAAAAUGUUAAUUAUAAGGAUCGUUCAUGUACAGAUAAUUUUUUUGUUCAUCAAUUCGUUCAAAAUGUUUAUCAUAGGCAUGAUUAAUGAUGUGAAAAGUAUUGAUACUUAGGUUCUGUUUAUUUUACUGGUGCUCAUAUGUACAAAAACCUGGUGACUUAGUAUUUCACAAGUUUCAUUUUAUAAAUUAUAUAUACCCGGUAAAAUUUUAUCUACUCUCAAUGUGUUACGUCUGAGCUCAUAUAUACUUUUGUUUAAUUUGUAAUCAAUGAGCCAACAUUUUAAUAUUGAACAAGCAGCUAACUGUUAUCAUCAUGUUUUCAUUGACUGGCAAUGUUUUAUUGUUAAAAAUUCAUAACUGUUAAACUAUGUUUAGGAUUAGCUUGUGAAUUGUGCUGUUUGUUGAUCAAAGGGAGACAACUUGGUAGUCUGUGUGUUCCAAUAUCAAUAUUACAACCAUGCCACCCAGUUUUCAAAUAUCCUGGCGCCUGUAUUGAGCUUUGAAAUAUCAUCAGACUGCAUUAGCAGUUAAAAUAAAACAAUGGACAUUUUUUUUCCAAGUAUAAUUUAGUUGCUAAAUGGCAUUUAUUAGAAUACUUGAACAUGGUUUGAUUGACAUAUUAUAUUUCUAACUUUCGAAUGUUUUAAAGCUGUACAAACUGACGUCUACGUUCACUCGAAUUCUAAAAGGGUUUCAUUUUGUAUAUAUAGUGUACAUUUAGUGUAAUCUAGUGGCUAGACAGAUCGUAUGGGACUUCCGGUGCAUUGAAAGUGUACGUGUUUUAUGGUUAAAUUGGAUUGCAUGGUUUCUUUCAUUGCUUUUCAAUCAAUCAGUCCUAGAACUACUGGUGUUGGACCUAAAUCUUAAAAGCAAAACAUUAAAACAGUCGUAUCUCCUCUACAGCUCUCAUUCAGUGCUGUACUCUUUGAUGUGUGCUCGUGUUACUUUUGCAUUUAUUUGCAAAAUUAAAAAAAUUGAUGCGGUUUUGAAUUUGUAGUUUCUACAUUGUUCUUGAGUGUGACUUCAUUAGAAUAUUUGCUUUAUCCAAAAUUCAUGCUUCAUUAACUCUCACAGAAGCUACCUUUCUGACAUGUAUAUAUAUAGUAUACUGCAGCAAGUCGUUAUUUAUUUGGAGCAUGAUAAUUACUAAAUGAGGUUUUGCUCCUGUGGUAUACUGGACGAAAUAUUUCCCCAAAUCACAGUACCUAGUAAAUGCACCUGAAGUCCCCAUUCUGAAUCUGGUUUCAAUGCAGUGCUGUUAUUUCUUUAAAGAAAACAAUUUUUAUUGAGGAUAUUUGUGCGUUGAUGCGCCAGAUUGACUCGGGUAGGCUAGUACUCCUUACCCACUGUGCUGUUGUGUAUAAUCUGUACAUAUUGGGGGUAUGUCAGCUUGGCUGGGAGAUUACCCAGUGUAGAUAUUGAUACCAGUACUUCUUCAGGUUUAACUACUCAAAAUUUAACCUGUAAUGUUUUAAGAAUUUACCAGAAGAUGACUCAAAUCACACGAGGUACAAAUCACACCUGUAUUUACUGAGUAAUGUUUAUGAACAUUCAAUAUAACACACCUGUACGUGAUGUCAUCGUAGGUGUAAUGCAGCAUGUGUACAUUGUAAGCACGACGCUCUUAAGAUGUGGAGGUGUAUAAGGCAAUGCAAUGUUGCUAUAUUAAGAUAUACAAAAUAUUUAUCAGAGAAAGCACAAACAGGUACAUCAGUUUGUUCAAGCAGCGGACACUUAGUUUGCUGGGGGAUUUUGAUGAAACUUUGCAAGAUAUUAUAACAAAGCACUAUACAUUACUAUGUGUGAGUGACCUAGUUUUUGUUGAGCACUAACCCCAUAUAUAUCAGAAUAUAUCUAUAAAUAACCUGUCAAUGUAUGUUACCCUAGCUGAUUUUAUUCUGGCUGAUAACUUUUGUGUGUAACUGUUUGAACAUUUUGUUAUAAUGAAUAACUACCUCAUGUAUAUUAUACCCGUGAAUUAUUGAAAUCAGCCACAAAUUGAUAAAGUUUUGUUUUACAUAUGUGUGUAUAUAUAUGAUAUUAUAUAUGAUAUUUGUAGUUGGUGUUAUACCCCGGUUAGUGUUAAGUUUUGAUAUCUAGAGAUAGUGCAAUGGUCGCCUUGUUGUUCAAGACAUAUUCUGGUGAUACAACGUGUAUUCUGGUGAUACAACACGUAUUCUGGUGAUACAACGUGUAUUCUGAUGAUACAAUGUGUAUUCUGGUGAUACGUGUAUUCUGGUGAUACAACAUGUAUUCUGGUGAUACAACACGUAUUCUGGUGAUACAACACGUAUUCUGGUGAUACAACAUGUAAUCCGGUGUUACAACAUGUAGUCCGGUGAUACAACAUGUAGUCUGGUGAUACAACGUGUAUUCUGGUGAUACAACACGUAUUCUGGUGAUACAACAUGUAAUCCGGUGUUACAACAUGUAGUCCGGUGAUACAACAUGUAAUCCGGUGUUACAACAUGUAAUCCGGUGUUACAACAUGUAGUCCGGUGAUACAACAUGUAAUCCGGUGUUACAACAUGUAGUCCGGUGAUACAACAUGUAGUCCGGUGUUACAACAUUUAGUCCGGUGAUACAACAUGUAUUCUGGUGAUACAACACGUAUUCUGGUGAUACAACAUGUAUUCUGGUGUUACAGCAUGUAGUCCGGUGUUACAACAUGUAGUCCAGUGAUACAACAUGUAGUCCGGUGAUACAACAUGUAGUCCGGUGUUACAACAUGUAUUCCAGUAAUACAACAUGUGUUCCGGUGAUACAACAGUAAUACAUAAUGUAUUACAGUGAUACAACGUGUAUUCUGGUGAUACAACAUGUAUUCUGGU